AUGAAAAGCUAUCAUUUUGAAAGCACGCCUCUGGCUCGCCCUGAGGUCAUAGUCCAGGGCCCUCACUACCGUUUUACGUUGCUCACAGAUCGCCUGCUCCGUUACGAGUGGGCUUACGACGGCAAGUUUGAGGAUCGCGCAUCGACGUUUGCCAUCAACCGCGACUUCCCGGUGCCGAAGUUCCAGACAAUCGAUCACCCAGAUGAGCUCGAGAUCAUCACCGACCAUUUCCACCUCAGCUAUGACAAGAAACGCUUCAAUCCCAGCGGGCUCCUGUGUAGCUUUUCCGCCAAAGUCACGCUAUGGGGAGCUCAAUGGAGGUACGGCGAAGAAAAUGACAGGCGCGAGAACCUAGGCGGUACGGCCAGGACUCUAGACGAGUGUGAUGGUCGUUGCGACAUGGGCACGGGGGUGUUGUCCCGCUUCGGAUACGCGGACGUCGACGAUAGUAAAUCCAUGCUGUUUGAUGGCAAGGGGUUCGUGGCAGGACGGCUCCCCGGGGACCGUAUCGAUGGAUAUCUCUUCUGCCAUGGCCACGACUACAAAGGGGCCAUCAAGGACUUCUACGCGCUUAGUGGCAAGCAACCUAUCCUGCCCAGAUGGGCCCUGGGCAACUGGUGGAGUCGCUAUUACAAGUACCACCAAGAUGAGUACAUCAAGUUGAUGGACGAGUUCAGGAAGAAAGAGGUUCCAUUAUCGGUUGCAGUGGUUGAUAUGGACUGGCAUCUGGUGGACGACGAGCGAGUGCCUCAUGCAGGCUGGACGGGGUACACGUGGGACGACAAGUUGUUUCCUGAUCCCGAGACUUUUGGACGCGAACUUCACCGCCGGCAUUUGAAAAUCACAUUGAAUGAUCACCCGCAUGCAGGCAUUCACCAUCAUGAAGAUGCGUACGAGGAAAUGGCCAGGUUUCUGGGCCACGACACUUCGAAGAGAAAUCCUAUCUUGUUCGACCCGACCAGCCCCAAGUUCAUGGAGGCCUAUUUGACCAUCCUCCAUCGGAACAUUGAAAAAAUUGCAGACUUUUGGUGGGUAGAUUGGCAACAGGGGACCCAUACCAAAGUUCCAGGGAUUGAUCCUCUCUGGCUCCUAAAUCAUUUCCAUUUUCUCGACAGCGCCCAUGACGGCAAGCGGCCACUCAUCUUCUCCCGUUAUGCCGGCCCUGGAAGUCAUCGUUACCCAGUUGGUUUCUCCGGUGACACGGUGACGACCUGGGCAUCUUUAGCGUUCCAACCCGAAUUCACUGCUACCGCAUCUAACAUCGGUUACGGCUGGUGGAGUCACGAUAUCGGUGGCCACUAUGGUGGCGCUCGAGACGAUGAGUUGGUAACACGGUGGGUGCAGUUCGGCGUCUUCAGCCCCAUCAUGCGGCUGCACUCGUCCAACUCGAGGUGGUCGUCCAAGGAGCCCUGGCUGUACCGCAAGGAGAACGAGACCAUCAUCGAAAAGUUCAUGCGUCUCCGCCAUCGUCUGAUUCCGUACCUCCAUACCUGCAACGUGCUCGGGUCGAUCGAAGAUGAACCGCUGAUUCAACCCAUGUACUGGCACUUCCCGAAGCGAGAAGAAGCGUACCAAGUGCCCAACCAGUACUUCUUUGGGUCGGAACUGGUUGUGGCGCCAAUCGUGACACCGAAAGACAAGCGGACAAACCUGGGCCGGGUCAAGGUAUGGUUGCCUCCGUCAGGUAGGCACGUAGAUAUCUUCACAGGCACGGUCUACGAUGGUGACAGGGAACUCAACAUGUACCGCGCGCUUGAUCAGAUCCCCGUACUGGCGGGAGAGGGAAGUAUCAUCCCCUUGGAUGCCAACCCUGUACCGGAGAAUGGCGGACCGAACCCGAAACAUUUUGAGGUUCUUGUUGUCGUCGGCCGUGACGGGAAAUUCAAUGUCAUCGAAGAUCUGGCCGACGAUUGGGAGGUGAACAAGUCCGAGGGGAUUGAAGCGGCUGCUGUUACUGCUGCUCCUGCUACUACAGGCGACCAACAACGCUCCACUCAAAUCGAGUACAAACAACAACCGGGCGAGCUCACAGUGCGCGCUUCAAGUGCUCGUGACUGGACGUUCCGGUUCCUCGCCAUCACCGAGAUCCCACAAAACCUAAAAGUCAUGGUUGACGGGCACGACCGCACAAGUGACGCCGUCGUGACUAUCGAGACGUACCCUGCGACGCCGUCCGUAGUUGUGCAUGUGCCAAAACAAGACACCGAAAAGGAGAACGAGAAAUCUGCCCUUACAAUCUCACUGGGAUCAGACCCGCAGCUGAGCGUCUUGGACCACAAGGCGCGCUUCGAGCGGCUCCUGUUGGACUAUCAGACAGAAUUCGACAUCAAAGACCGCAUCUGGGGCAUUGUCAAUGACCGCAGGAGCGCAAUUAAUGUCAAGAUCGGGAAACUGUUGAGUCUGAGCGUCGAUGAGACUUUGACCGAGCCGGUUGCCGAGUUGAUUUUGAGUGAUGUUAGGGGAAUGCAAUUAUGA